AUGGAUCACAACAGCUUGGACUAUGCCACAUGCAAAUCAAUUGCUCAAAGCUGCCCUUGGUUUGAGCACUGGCACAAGAUGAUGACCAACUGUGCACAGACUGGUCCAGUUGUUCUUCUCACUGGCCACCCAUAUGAUGCCACCCCUGCCUCCUCUCAGAAUAACUCGGUUGAUGCUGAUGUGAACAUGAAUGAUGCCAGCGAUGCUCACUACCCUCAGCAAUGCAACAUUCCUGGCAUGGAAUCCAUUCUUGAGGAGUUGCAAAAUGAUCCCAUUGGAGCAAGAGUUAUCUCAUCUUUUUCUUCUUUGGUUGCAGCCACCCCAGCUGCUGCUUCAUCUUCAUCCCACUCGCCCUUCUCUUCCUCAUCCAACCCAUCUUCGAUUGGCCCCACCCCCUUCACCAUUACCCCUAUAGACACUCCAACCCACCAGCGCUCAUCCAGCACCACUUUUGAGGCUGAUGAAGUGGACAAUGGUGAUGGUGACUCUGUUUACCAUUCUCCAGCCACAGGUACAACACCCAAGAAGUCUCGACCCUUCACUUCCAAGAGCAAGUGA